ACAUAUCGCGCGACGAUUGCGAGCGACUGCGCUGCAUGCACUGCACGUCAUUUCAUGCAAGUGUCAGGUGGAGCGGCUCGGCAAAAAAACAGAUGGUAAAUGUAGCACAAUAUGAGAAGAUCAAAGAUAAAGCCAAGUAUAAACUUGGCAUCCAGACGGUCGGUGUCGACACCUUCACACUCUAAGGAUAAGGGGAACAUCGGAGCACCUGUGACAUCAAACACCACACAGGGGAAAGAUGCUGUACCCAAACCAUCUCAGAAAAGUGCUGAUGAACCUCCGAAGCCAUCAAGAGAGAGAUCAGCCAGUCAGUCUGAAAGGACAGAUGCUGACUCAAAGAAAGAGACACCAAGACUCAACCCCGAAGUCACCCAAGAACCUUUGCCAUUGAAGGAUACAACAAAACAACAGGAUGGUACAACCCUUCCUGCCAGUGCUCCGGAAGAUAAGGAUGAGCAGUCAUGUGGUGCUACCAUUCCAUCCUCUGCGUCAUCAGCUCCUGCACCAGCCCAGGAUGCAGGCACCAAGAUGGGUCCACCAUCCAUCCGAAGGAAGCGGUUUUCAGCUGUGCCCAACCUGGGUCAGCCAAGGUUACGACCCACAGGUCAGAGGUCACAGGUCACCCCUGCUGGGCCGCCUCCAGAGACCAGCAGUCGCCAGGAGCAGAAGGAGAAUGAAGAAGCUGUCAAGAGACCUCCCCCUGUCCAAAGAGUGCUCUCUGUACAUACAGCCAAUGAUAAGAAAGUUGGUUCAGCCAGUCCACUUAUCACAUCAGUAGUACCAGAUGUGCAGAAAAAUGCAGUGACCAAGAGCCAUGAACCUGUACCUUUACAGAAAGCACCCAUAGCUCCAUCGGGAGUGGCUGCUAAGGUAGUGACCACCAAGGCACCGGAAGUACAAGCAUCGGGAGACAGCAAGUCAUCUGAGGUUGAAGGCAAAAAGAGUGCCCAUCAUUCUAAUGUCUACAGCAAGAAGCUGAAAGAAUUGAAAGAUCAAAUGGAUGAAGAGACUCCCUCUAAUAGAAGAAAACGGCAUGCAAGAAGCACCAGUCCCGACCGAGCCACAAUGACCAUGGGAGAUCUGAUAUACUACAACCCAAGAACAAACCCCAUGAAAGUUUCUGAAGCAGAGAAAAAGAACAAGAAGAGCAAGACUGAGAAUAACCAGAAAAAGAAGGUUACCUUUGGAACUGAUGAAGAGCAAGAGGAAGCCGUUGAAGAAGACGCCUCGUCUGCCACUAUGGCCCCGCAGGUGAAGAUAGGUCCAGACGGUGAGAUCAUCAUUGAUCAGACCAGCUUGUACGUCCAAGCUUCUCCCGUCCAGACCUUUGAUCCCUCGGAGAGCGAGAUCGUCCACGAAGACGCCUCCACCACCACCUACUCCAGCUUCAGGAAACAUAAACGCACUUCCGCCUGGACACAGAGAGAUACAGAGAGAUUCUAUUUCGCGCUGAGUGCAGUCGGAACUGAUUUCGCCACCAUCACCGCCAUGUUUCCAAGUAGAACCAGAGCAGAGAUCAAGCGCAAGUUCAAGAGAGAGGAGCGAACGAAUCGCGGGAGAGUCGACGGGGCAUUAAUGAAUCGUAAAGAGUUGAAGGAGUCUCUGUUUGAUCUUCCGUCGGACGAGUCUGAUGUGGAAUCAGCGGUCGAUGCCAACAAAAACAAGAAAAAGAAGCCAGCGAAACGCAAUGAAAAGAAAGUUGCUUCUAAAGAGAAUGCUCAAGUUGCUCUGGACGAUAUCGCAGAAGAACCGGAGGAUCAAAAUCUAGUAGUGGACGAUGCAUCUAGAAAUGGUGAUCUGGACUCCCAGGAUGACACGGAGGAUCAACCCAAUCUGGAAAACAUUCUAAGCAUAACACGAUCAGGACGUCAGCCAAAGCUUAGGACCUCAUUCACCAUUCAGAUUCCGCCAAAAGUGAAUCGCAAAAGGACUAGGGCUUCUCCAAGUCAAAAGGCAAAUGACCUCAAGGUCUUUGACGACUACGCCAAACAUCGUAUUCAGAGGCUGCAGAGUGAACAUGAAGCGACCUUGUCCCUGAAGAGAUUAGCUAGGAAUGAGGCUGCUCAAGAUCAGGAGGAAGAAUCAGAUGAUGGUAGGAGUGAUAUGACCAUGGAUAUGAUGAGUGAAGUUGGGAGUGAGGUACCCGAUGACUUGGAGAGCGUUGACAACUUGGGUCUGACCAAUAACCUUCAACCUUUGAGAGUGUUACAGAGGAACAGUCCUUCUGUAGGACUGUCCAGCUUCCAGCUAGGGGAUGGUGGAUUCAGUUCUCCUGAAAGUAUCAACGAUCCUUCAGUAAAGAAAGUUACCCUGAUGAUCACCACACCAGACGGUAAACAGACAUUAGUUCAAGUCAACUUGACAUCAGGUGAGAGUAAUCCCCUGCCUGUAUCCUCAGGCAGUAGCCAACAAGCGGAAUCUGGUGCUGCGAGAUUAAGAGACAGUGGAGUUGGACAGCCGUCACCGAAGGCAGGGUCAGCUCAGAUACCUGCUGGUGCUACAUCACAAGCGACUUCAAAUCUUGAGCCAAGUCCUGCUAGAACUCUGACUGCCCUCACUGACGUGUCUUCACCGUACCAAAGAGCAUCUCCCCAUAAUAAGCCUUCUAAGCAGUCAAAGAAUGUGACCAUUUUGAGGAUCAUUGACGGGAAGGUAGUGCGCAGUCCGUCACAGCCAUCAACCUCAACAACCUCUCCGGGAAUGGAAAGAAUUUCACCAGCAAUUACACCUUCAGUCAAAUCGAUUCCUUCAAUGCAGCUUGCAACUUCCUCUACCCAUUCAUUACAUCAACAAAGUUCUGUUCUAAGUUUAAGUCCAUUCCCUUCUGGUGUUCCAGAGGGAACUUCUGUCAUUGCAACCAAAGAGACGUCUCCAAUAGAAGCACAAAAAUCUGUUGAAGUGACUCCCGCGGAAGCACCUAUCAUUCCUGUCGUCACAGAGAAUGUGUGCUCAGACAACUUACUAAGUAUAGGCUCCCUCCAUGAUCUCGAUAUGAGCAUGACCUUUGACCCUAGUAUUGGAAUUGCUGCUUACGAGGAAAGUAUUGAAACCAAUGGGGAUAACAUUGUUGCUCAGCAAGUUAAUAUAGCAAGUACAAAUCCCGAUGAGCCCAAUCCUCAGGCUAAACCUAGAUAUAAACGUAGUGAACCUUUCAUUCCUCCCAUUAAGUGAUGGAGCACUCUUAUUUUGAAAUUUGUUGUGGUUUGCAGUAGCAGUGGUAUGUUAUGUCCCCUUUCAAGCAUAAUAUAUCAAAUUCCCCAACUAUUUUAUCUAUGCUGACGUUUUUUAAUUGAUUUCUCUACAUUAUUGUUUGAACUUUCCAUCUACUGAACAACCAUAGAGUUGGCAAAAAGACGUUCUCAAAAAAUUUAUUUGAAUUUCUACAGAAAAGGAAAACAAAUUAUUCAUUUGUUUUGAUACAGUAUCAAGAAGUAUGAUUAAUCUCAGAUACCCAACUUUGAAGUAUUUUCACAUGUUAAGCUCCCCCCUCCUUUUAAAAAUAUUUUUAGCCCUAAAAUAUGUUUGUUAUUCAAUUCAAUUCAAUUCAUUUAUUUGACAUCCUUUAAAAACAUAUGUACAAGUAUACAACAACAAAGGAGUACAAUAAUUUAAAUCACAGUAUAAGCGAUAAAAAAUUGUCAAAAUAUAAAAGAAAUGAAAAUAAAAUGUAGCGGAUGUAGGAAGUCAGAAAGGCCAUUGACCUGUCAAAGCCGACUCCCUUGAUUACUACAUUAUGGUACGAUUAAAAACACAAAUAGAAUAGUGGCCAAGAAAACAAACAAACAAAACAGACACGAGGGCAAUAAUGCUAUUGUCCUGAUUGGGGAAAGUUAAAUCUUUGUAAGUUUGAGAACAAUUGGAGAAACAAGAAGUUAUGAGCAUUUGAAUGUUUGCAGUCACUAUCCCAUUAUCAAUGCGACUUAGAUUUGUGAGGUCACACACACUUUAAAGGACAAGUCCACCCCAACAAAAAGUUGAUUUGAAUGAAAAGAGAAAAAUCCAACAAACAUAACACUGAAAAUUUCAUCAAAAUCGGAUGUAAAAUAAGAAAGUUAUGACAUUUUAGAGUUUUGCUUAAUUUCACAAAACAGUUACAUGCACAUCCUGGUGGGUAUGCAAAUGAGGAGACUGAUGACAUCAUCCACUCACUAUUUCUUUUGUAUUUUAUAAUAUGAAAUAGGGAAUAUUCUAUUUUUCUCCUCAUUGUCAAGUGAAACAACGAUUAAUUCCUCCCUGAACAUGUGGAAUGAGCUUUGUUUGAUACUAUAUGAUUCAGUCAAGUUGGUCCUUAUUGUCAAAUCUUUAAAAAAUGAAAUAUUGUAUAAUUCAAACAAUAAAAACAAAAGAAAUAGUGAGGGACAUCAUCGACUGUCUCAUUUGAGUUGUGCAUAUCACUGUUUUGUGAAAAAUAAGCAAAACUUUAAAAUAUCAUAACUUUCUUAUUUUACAUCUGAUUUUGAUGAAAUUUUCAGUGUUUUGCUAGUUUGAUUUUUCUCUUUUUAUUAAAAUCAACAUUUUUCUGGGGUGGAAUUGACCUUUAAUAAUUCAUUCCCUUUGUACACUGAAAGUAUACUCCAUUGGAUCUAUUUUGCUCAUUGUAAUGAUAGUAUCAUCCAUGGUAUCUUUUGUGAAACCUCUAUUACGUGUCCUCCCAUGAAAAGAACGCCUGAUCUACAACAGAUAGACAUGAUGAAAUGAGAAUGUGAAUAAAAUUUUUACAAAAGUAAUGGGGAAGUUGUCCAAGUGUGACAUCACACAUUGUUGACGCAUUGUCAACGGGAGGAUGUCCUGAGCACAGUGAUCUCAACAUUCAAAUGCUAGUAACUUUCUUAAUAUUUGUCCCUUCUUUUAACCCUUUUUGUCCUGCUAUCACUCCAGCUAACAUAAUCCUAGGUUUUCAUUCUCCUUAAAGAUUCUUUUAUAUUUUGAUUUAUUAAAAAUAAUAGUUUUGAAGGUCAGUAUGAAAAAAAUGCAGCCUAGUACUUACAGGGUCCAGCGGAUAAAACAAUAUUUUGUUUUGUUGGAACCUCAAUUUAUGCAUUGAAAAAUUAUGCACAUUUAUUAUAUGAUAGACAGUCCUGUGUUUGUUUAAAUGCAGAUUUUUUUUAUAAUUUAAGUUUUGAUGAAUUUGUUGGAACCUUUGUUUUAAUCUUGAUGUGUAAAAAAAUGAUAAUUUUGUGGUGCAUGCUUUUUUCUGAUUUCUUUAUAUAUAUCUACCACCUUUAAGUGCAAUAUGAUUUGUAACACAUAGUGUUGAACUCUUUUAGAGGAAAAAAUGUUUUAAAAUUAUCCUUUUUUGCAUGUGUGUUUCUGUUUGGAUCCAGCCAGCAAUGUUACAACUGUAGAGGGGAAUAUUUAUUAAAGCCCAUCUAAAGUUUUGGUAAAGUGUCAAUAAUGUGAAACUAUUAUUAUCUAACAUGCUGAUCUUACAGAACUGUAAUAGCUGUUGAAUCUGAUUUUCAUCCACCAAUUCUCUUGGGUUGUAUUUUUGCUUUAAAAAGGGCCCUUUAGUGAUUGGAUAUCAGAAACCAACAUAAAAAGAUUAUAUUUUGAAAUUUCCAGGCCAUUUCAUGCUUUGGAAUCACUUUUCGUAUCAAAGGAAAUAAAAGCAUACAUAUGUUUUAUUAUGAAAGGGUACCUGAUCAAAAUUAAUUUUCAUGUAAAAUCACAAAUUUUGUCUGUAAUUUCACAUCCUCCACUCUUAACUGUUUUGUGUGUGGUAUACACAUUCAUAUAAUCAGGUAAUAAAGUGAAAUAAUGACAGGCCCAUUCUGGGAAAAUUUACGAUAGAUAGCUAAAGAAUGACUUAAAGAUGUUUAUAUUUCAUGGAAAUGUCUUUGAUAGACUUCUUACCAUUUCAAAUGCAUUGUUAUGUAGAGGGAUAUAAAUGACUUUAAAAGGAAGUUUAUCCUGAAGAAAAGUCUGUUGUGAAAAUACACAAAAUAAAUAUUUUAAAACAAUAUUUGUGAAGGUUUGGGAACAUCUGUCAAAGAUUAGGAAAGUUAUUAAUAAAAGUUUAAGUUUUGAUUUGUGAUGUCAUAUAUGUGCAACUGCCCCAUAUUGUAUGUUAUAUAAUCUAAAAUGCAAAUAUUUCAAUUUUUCUAUGGUUCAUGAUACUGAACGUUUUCUUUCAGGAGCUUUUGGGAAAUAACUUGUCUGUUGAUAUACUUAUUAAAGGUACAAUCAAAACAGUAUGCAAUUUUUGUAGAAAAUGACAUUUUUUUACUAUACAAUAUAUGGGGAAGAUGCUCAAAUAUGAUGUCUAAAAUAAAAAAAUAAACUUUCAGAUUCAAUUCUUUGUUGGAUUUUCCUCAAACCUUUAACAAUAAUUUUUAUUUAUAUUAUAUUUUCACAAUUAACUUUUUUUGUUGGGAUGAACUUCCCCUUUAAAUUCUUUCUGAAAGCAUCCACGCAUUGGUCAUAUCAUGUUUAAGAGACAUGGGUCUUCUGAAUGAUAUAUCAUUAAUUGAGAUUAUGCAUUAAGUUUAAAGGGGCAGUCAUACCUGGGGCCCGUUUCAUUAAACUUGUUAUAAAAACAAGUUUGCAAUAAGAGUUAAAAGCUACUGAAAUCCUUCUGUCUGAUUGGCUGAUAGUAAAUUUGUCAUAGAAUCUUUGCAUUUGUUACUGUAACAAUAGAAACCUAUGGCCAUUUGCUCCUUUUAUCCCAUUUCUUGGUGUUAAUCCUUCCAUUCUUGAUAUUAAGAAUUCAACAUUGUUGGCAACACAAAAUAUAAACAAUUCAAAAUUUCCUUAUGUAAAGAAUCAUCUGUUUUGGUAACAAAAAACAAUGUUUGAUAUCAAGAAAAGCAAUUUAAAAAAAUGACAUGCAGCAGCCUACAUACAUCUGCAUAGCUGGCUAUAACAUUCAGGUGUGACCGCCCUUCGUCAUGCAUGAUACACCGAGCUUGUCAAGAACCAGUAAGGUACUGACAAUGUGCUUUUUUCUUCAUACAUGUACAUUGAGAUUUUAAAGUACCUGGUAAUGGCUCUCACACUCAUCAUACUCUGUAUAUUAAAUGGAUUCAUCUUUGUGCAAGAGGGGGUGUUGCAAGAAAAUAUUUGCAAUCAAUUUCAAUUAUUCUGUUGCAAAUUCAUAUUUGAUAGCUUGAUUUUAGCUGAUCACUUAACACUUAUCGCAAGGUGCGGAUCAACAAUCAAUUACAAAGUUCAAUCAAUUGCAAGAUACUUGAUUGAUUUUUUACCCAAAUAUCACUUGCAAUUGAUUGCAGGUUUCUUGCAACGCCUCAUAUUACACGUUUUCCAGCAAGAGCAGAACUUUCUGUUUGGUUGUGGUUUUGCUUUUCCUUUAAAUUAAAAAUCAAUUUAAGUUCUCUUCAUUCUUGAUUAAAUGAAAUAUUACCUCUUGA